CAAAUACCCACAAAUUAUAACUUCAUUCCUAGUCGGCCGUUUGUGUCGGAUGACCGUUAUAGCCUACUAUCUUUUGGCGCCAUGAAAUGAAAUCCUCUCUCUUAAAUGUACUCAAUAAUUGCCAGACCCUCAAAUCCUUAAACUCUGCCCAUGCUCUACUUGUAGUAAACGGUUUAUUUGCUUCUUCUGACAUCGUGGUCAACAAGAUUAUUCGCCUUUACUUCAGGUUUGGAUCAGCCGAAGAUGCCCACAAAGUGUUUGAUAAAAUUUCCCAACCAAAUGUCUUCCUAUGGACGUCUAUGAUUCAUGGGCAUGUCGAAAACAAACUCUAUUCAAAAGGGUUUUCGCUUUUUCUAAGAAUGCUUCGACAUUCAGUUGCGCCUUUGAAUUUUACUAUUACUACGGUGCUAAAAGGUUUAGCUAGAGAAGCUCGAUUAAGAGAUGGGAAGGUGGUAUAUGGAUUUGUGUUAAAAUGUGGGUUUGAUUUUGACGUGAUGGUGCAAAAUUCUAUGCUUGAUUUGUUGAUGAGAUGUGAGAAAAUCGAUUUGGCUAGAUGUCUGUUUGAGGAGAUGCAUGAAAAGGAUAUAGUGUCCUGGAAUUCAAUGAUAUUUGGGUAUUGCAAUAACGGUAAAAUUGACAUUGCACAUGAGUUAUUCAGUAGGAUGCCUGAUCGAAAUGUCAUUUCUUGGACUAGUAUUAUAUGUGGGUAUGUGAAGGAUGGUCACAUGAUGGAGGCACAGGCUCUAUUUGAUGCAAUGCCUGUCAAAGACUUGGCUUCAUGGAAUGUUAUGCUUUCUGGGUAUGUAAGCUGUCAGGACCUUGAUGCUGCUAUAUAUAUUUUUAAUACAAUGCCUUGCCAUGAUGUUGGAUCUUGGAAUUUAAUCAUCUCUGGGUGCUGUAAAGUGGGAAAUCUUGAAUCUGCAAGAAGCUACUUUGACAUGAUGCCAAGUAGGAGUGUGGCUUCUUGGACCAUGAUGAUUGAUGGUUACAUGAAAUCUGGAAAUAUCAAUGAUGCAAAGAUUUUAUUUGAUCAGAUGCCUGAGAAGAAUCUAAUUUCUUGGUCUACCAUGAUUGGAGGUUAUGCUAAAAAUGGAGAACCACGAACUGCUUUAGAGUUGCUAGAAUUCUUUAAGCAGCAGUGCAUUAAGCCAGAUGAAACUUUUAUACUUGGUAUCAUUUCGGCUUGUUCACAGUUAGGUGUUUUAGAUGCGGCUGAGUCAAUAACAAGUGACUAUGUGGGUCCAUGUCUCCUCUCCAAUUUACAUGUGGCCACUAGUUUAGUUGAUAUGUAUGCAAAAUGCGGAAGCCUUAAAAGGGCUACACAAGUUUUCGAAAUGAUUUCUGGAAAAGACUUGUUUUGUUACAGUACUAUGAUUGCAGCCUAUGCAAAUCAUGGCUUGGGUCAUGAGGCCAUUUCUUUGUUUGAAAAGAUGAAGGAAAAUAAUUUGGAACCUGAUGCAGCAACAUUUAUUGGUGUUCUAAGUGCUUGUAAUCAUGGAGGUCUUAUUGCCGAAGGCUGGAGAUAUUUUAAAGAAAUGACAGAUGCAUAUGGAAUUCAACCAACAGAUAAGCACUAUGCAUGCAUGGUUGAUCUUCUAGGCCGUGCUGGGUGCCUUAGGGAUGCUUAUAACCUAAUUUGUAGCAUGAAGGUGGCACCCACGGCAGCUGUUUGGGGUUCUCUGCUUGCAGCUUGUAGUGUUCACUGCAACAUUGAGUUGGCUGAAGCUGCAGCAACUGAAUUAUUUAAGAUUGAUCCAGAUAAUUCAGGGAAUUACGUUCUUUUGUCAAAUUUGUAUGCUGCGUCAGGAGAGUGGCACAAUGUUGCUAAAGUGAGAGCAAUGAUCAGAUUGAAUCGGGUGAAGAAGAAUAGAGGCUCCAGUUGGAUUGAGUUGGACUCUGUGGUGCAUGAGUUUGUGAUGGGAAAUUUAUCACAUUUAAGUGCUGCUAGCAUAAAUUUUAUCUUGGAUUUACUUUGUGAAGAAAUGAAGUUUGAGAAUUGAGGAAUGGGUGUUGAACAUCUAGUUUCUCUCUCUUAUAUUUAUACUCGUACAACAGUUGAAGAUCUGGAUAACCAGCAGGAACGGGCACGAUGAAAAUAAGCACUUAUUUGAUGCGCCAAAUCCCCUUAACGCUUUGCUGCCUGGAGGUGACAAGCCAACAGAUGACUGCAAAUUUUUAGUUUUAGAUCAAUCAGCAGGAAGGAUAAUCAUCCAUAUAUUAAUUAGUUCUUGAUCAUUGUAAUGUUGAUUCUUCAAUGCUUUAAUUAUGAGGUAGAAUGUUUAUCCUUUAACUUAAUUAUUACUUAACGUUGUUGCUCAUGUAGUUAUAGUAAUAAUAUGAAUACUAGGCUUGGUCAAGUGUAGCUGAUAACCAACUUUGGGUUUUACUUC